AUGGCAACCAUUGCCUCUUCUCCCAAUGGAAACCCACCCACUCCCACAAAGAAAUGGAAGAGAUUCUCCAUGGGAAAGAAGAAAAUGCAAGAUCCACCAAAAGAAGCUGACAAUGGAGUUGGAAGAUCCCUUUCAGCGAGUCGAAGUCAACGAAAGAAGGGAGGAAUCAUGAGAAAGCUUCGAGGGUCCAAGAAGGAUGAGGAACUGGAGGGAACCACCUCUUUUAAUCAUACAGAAUCAUCUCCAUCUAAUCCGCAAUCUCCAAGCGAAAGAUCGAUACGAAGUGUGGAGUCGGAAAUUGGAAACAAUGGAAACAACAAGGUCAAUGCCGCCAAUGCGAAUUGGCCAGACACUGCAGAAGAACGUCAACAGAGAGACUUCAUUUCCCAGAAGCAACACAUGAAAGAACGUGAUGGCUUUUGCCGUCCAGUGGAUACCUACGAUGGGUCAGUGAUUACAGUGGAUAAGAAACCAACCUACGAGAUUGGAAAUUAUCGGGGUGGUGGUGUUGCAGGAGUUGUCUACGAAGGUCAUCGAUUGAGACCAUUGAGUGAAUACCCGAUUCGACGAGGAGUUGUGGAACAAAAGAAGGUGGAACUCAGCGAUGCUGGAGAGGGGGAAACAAUGGGUUUCUUUUGUGCUCCCGAAGCAUGUGGAGGAGUCGAAGAUGUGAAAGAUGACUUGACAGUAGACAACAAUGCAGAAAUCAGCAAUGAAGAUGAUGUUCAACAGCCCAAGUCAUCAUCCAAGACAUCCAAGACUCAGGGGGAUAGCGAGCUGGCAAUUGAAGCCAACAAGACUGGAGUCAUGCUCGAUGGGCAAGACGCACCCUCACGGUCAGCACAUUAUACCCGAGCGGCAUCCAUGCAAAUGGGAGGUAACCAAGACCAGUCCUUGCAUCAUGGAUUGACCGAAGAAGCUGUUGCUAUCAAAAUCCUCAAUCCCGUUGGAUAUCGCAUCCUUCAAGCUGAAGGACUCAAGGGUGUAGUGGUAGUCAAGAAGGGAGAUGACAUGGAAUCAGAUGUCAAAAAGGGCAAAAAGCCCAUGGAAAGCAGACACGUGUGGUGGCUAGUGAAUCCAAACAGUAGAAACUUGAGAACCUUGCAAAGAUACAGUGGACAGAAUGAGCAGAGCUCGAUUCAAGUGGACCGUGGAAAUGCGGAGAAAGGAUUGCGACUGAGUUUGAUUGCUGCCUACAUUGAUCCUCGCACAAACCAACUGCGGGAAUUGACCUUGACGCGGUGUAUUGAAAUCUGGGGGCAUAUUCCCUUUAAUGCCACCGAUUCCGAGUUUGAAGAAACCAUGUCUGCCAUUGAACGUGUUAACGCUGGACAGCCACCUCUCUCUACUGCUGGAGAUGAAAUGCCACCAUCGCGAGUUGGAACAGAUACAUCCGGACUCAGUAAAAAUGAUGACGAUAUGAAGCCCUUUCCUCUGGAUCAAACCCGAACUGGUCUGAUGCGUGCCGCCUACACCGAAAGAGUAACUGUACAUUGUGAAGAACUCAAUGCUUAUAUUGCUAUUCCUGCGGUACCCUCCAAAUACCUUCGAUGGCUUCGUCAGCGCCGUGCAGCAACAAAGGAAGUGCGGAACAUGAUGUUGAUUGGGCGUCAUCCAAACGUGCUUCAUUUGUUUGAAGUUCUUGAAUUCAUUCAAGAGUCAAAGUCUACAAUGUUUCUGAUUCUUGAGCUUGUGAAUGGAGGUGAAUUGUUCGACUUGAUUAGCAGCAGCGCUGGGGCGAAGGGAUCAACAGACGAUGAAUCGGAACGAAUGAUGAGAAGGUUCUUUUAUGAACUAGCAAGUGGAAUCCAAUACUGUCAUAAGAGUGGUAUCGCUCACAGAGAUUUGAAGCCAGAGAAUCUAUUGGUACACAAUAAAGAGAACGGAACAACCUCGUUAAAAAUUGCCGAUUUCGGGUUGUCAUCGACAUUUGGUCCCAACGCAGAUCCCAACGUCAAGGUCAUGGUGGAAGAAGAUGCCCUAGUGACACCGCCUCCACAACCUGUUCUUAAACCCUCUGGUAAUCCUUUCAGCAUUGUUGUGGAUCAAAGUCUAUGCGCCCUUCAAUUUUUGACUUGUGGCACAAUGGAUGAUUUGUGCGCAGCCAACGAUCUUGACGAUGGGCCUUCACCGCUACGACGAAUGACGUCUGUGGUCGGCUCACCACACUACGUUGCCCCAGAAAUUAUCUCACAAUCCGAUGAAUCGAAAAAGGUGAAUGGCAGAAGUUCGGGCCUCGGCUACGAUGGAAGCAAAGCAGAUGUUUGGAGUGCAGGUGUCAUCCUCUACGCCAUGCUUUUCAAAUCGUUGCCGUUUGGAGAAGACCUUUUGCGAUGUCCAAGGUUCCAAUCUUACAAGAAGUGGUACGAUGGGAUUCGACAGGAAGGUGGUCGGCGGUCAUCGCCAGAAGCUGCUCUAGCUCCGAUUGUGUCAGAAGCAGAAGAGCGGGACUUUUUGGGACCACAUUGGUUCUUUCCAGCAGACACAUCCAAGGAGUCAAGAGACUUGAUCGUGGCAAUGUUGAAUCCUAAAGCGUCUGAUCGGUUGAGUGUUGAUCAGGUAAUAUUGCAUGAUUGGUUGCAAGCGGAAGUAGGGCGAUAA